AUGACACCACUUAAAGGAAAGAUAGCAAUCGUCACAGGAGCAUCCCGCGGCCUUGGCGCAGGCAUGGCUCUAGACCUCGCACGCAAAGGCGCAUCCGUAAUGCUCCUCUACACCUCCGACUCAAGCGCCCCUAAAGUCGACUCCCUCAUCGCAGAAAUUACGUCCCUCCCCCACGCCCCCUCUGCCGUAGCUUGCAAAGCAGACCUCUCCUCAGAAACCGCCCCAGCAACAGUCCUCUCCGCCCUAGACGCCUGGCUCGGCCCCGAAGCCCACGUCGAUAUUCUGAUCAACAAUGCAGGAACAGAACUCAAUGCACCACUAGGCACCAUCUCCCCCGCAGACUUUGCAAAAGUCUACGACCUCAACGUCCGCGCGCCCCUCCUCCUAACCCAAGCCCUUCUCUCGCGCCUAGCACCCACCGGCGCACGCAUCAUCAACAUCGGCUCCGUGGGCGGACGGCAAGGCUUCCCCGGGUUGGGAUUAUACUGCUCUUCAAAGGCGGCGCUGGAGGGUCUGACGCGUGUGUGGGCGCGGGAGCUGGGGAAGAACGGGACGACUGUUAAUUGUGUUGCGCCGGGGCCGGUGCAGAGCGAUAUGCUGGAUAAGAUCCCCAAGGAGCUGGUGGAGAUGCAGAAGAGGCAGACGCCGGUGGAGAAUCGGACGGGGACGGUGGAGGAGGUUGCGAGGAUUGUGACGUGGCUUGCUAGUCCUGAGAGUUCGUGGGUUAGUGGGCAGGUUAUUAGUGCUAGUGGUGGUUGGGCGAUGCACUGA